AUUUGUUUAUUCAAACGUGCAACAUCCACUUGCAAAUAUGAAAUUCUUGAUAUUCCUUGCCACCUCCAUGGCCAUAGCUGCAGCUGCCAAAGAACCAUCCAAGGAGAAAAAACAAGAAAAACGUGGCAUCUACGGCCUAGGUGACCUUGGUCAUGCACCUCUAGCCCUAGAAGCACCGGUACUGCCAUCUCCAGUCUACAAAUCAUACGCGGCACCUGCUUUGGCCCUUCCAGCACCCGUCUACAAGUCGUACGCGGCACCUGCUUUGGCUCUUCCAGCACCCGCCUACAAGUCGUACUCAUUACCAGCACCAGUGAUCAAGAGCUAUGCUGCCCCAGCUUAUUCUCUACCCGCCCCAGUGUACAAGUCCUAUGCUGCGCCCGCCAUUUCGUAUUCGGCUCCUAUUUUGAAGUCAUAUGCCGCCCCGUACCAUCUGCCAGCUGAACCCCUACAUCUUCCUGCUGCGCCCCUGAUCCACUCUGCCCCCUUGGUGCACGCUGCACCAGCUGUUUUGCCUGCAUCUUUCUACAAGAGCUACGCUGCUCCUGCAUUCCACGCGCCACUGGAUUAUUCUCUAGACUACGGAAAAUACUACCACUAGUGAUAUGUGUUUAUUUGAAUGAGUGAUAUUUACGUUAUAAAUAAAUAAUUGUUUGUACC